AUUUUAUAAUUAGUUUACUUUCUUAAAUGAUUUAGUUUAAAAAAAUAAGAUUUAAUGUAGGUUUUAAGCUGCUGAAUUGAUGUGUUUUAAAAGAAAUCAAUUGACAAUCUGUUUAUUAUUAUUAUUAUUAUUUUUUUUUUCUAGGUGUUUAUUCUGAUCCAAAUUGUUCAUCUGAAGCCCUUGAUCAUGGUGUUUUAGCUGUUGGUUACGGUAUUCUUAAUGAUCCAGUAAAAGGCAAACAAUAA